UUUGCUCAUGCUGGAGGUGAGACAACCGGAUGCACCUGAUGCUAAUUGGCUUCCACCCUUCAUUAGCUGAUGGUGCACAGCUGAGAGAUGCCAGUAUUGAAUCUCACAAUAAACUACAAGCAGCCUCUGGAGAAUAAAUGGUUAAGUAUAUCUUCUGAAUGAGGAGAUGGAUGUAGCAGAUGGUGAUGAUCAAGAUGGCGUUGCGAACACCUGCUGGGUGUCAGUGUGUCCCAAAGGCCUUUGGAUGGUCCAGAAGAAGCAAACCCAGCCUGGAAGUCAACAGAAAGUUUGUAAUCCUGGAAAAGUGUUGUUUUCUGGCUACAAACCGAGAACAGGCUCACUCUGCCGUGUUCGUGUGCGCCUCAAAGCGGACAUGGAUGAUGCGAGACAUUUGGUAAAAGGAGAUGAGCCCAAUCAAGGAGACCGACUUGAUGCUGCAGAUUCCCCAAGGUGUCAGGACUCAGUGCUGCAGGUCAUGCUAGGUGACUGGACCACACUGCGACUUGGGGAAGGUCAUUGUGAUGUCACAGAAGCCUGCGUGGAGAGCAUGAACGCUGGGGAGACAUGUGAGAUACGCCUGACUCCGGUAAAUGGAGCUGAUAUGUUGAACUCUCAGCCUGCGGAGGAAAUAUGUGCCACAGUGGAGCUCCAAGCUUUCACACCAGGAAAGGAAUUCUGGCAGAUGCCGCCUGGUGAAAAAUGGGAGUGGGCGAUGUCCCAUAGGGAGAGAGGUGGGGAGAGAUUCAGAAGUGGGGAUGUGUGGGGAUCAGCAGACAGCUACAGUCGUGCCCUCAAACUGGUCAUCGCCCUCCGUGGAUGUGAGGUGGACCGAAAAGAGGACGACAUAGAAGAAGAAAAGGUCACAAACACUGAAGAUGAAACACAACUUCCUACAGUUAAUCAGCUCCAAAGCACAAAGGCCGAACUCCACUCAAACUUAUCUUUGUGUCAGCUCAAACUGAAGCAGCCAGCGCGUGCCAAGGAAAGUGCCGCUAAGGCCACAAAGCUGCAACCAGGUGGGGCUAAAGCGUGGUAUCGACUAGGCCAAGCCUGCCAGAUGUUGAAUGAGCUGGAGGAAGCCCGAAUGGCAUUCAGACAACUGCUAAAGCUGCAGCCAGAAUCCACAGCUGCAGUGAAAGCGCUUAAAGAAGUUGCGAGUAGAGAAAAGCAGACAAACGCACAAUUAGGAAGGAGACUCAGUAAAAUGUUUAGCUAGGUGAAAUGUCUUAUCACGAGUAUGACUUUCACAUGGUACGGUAAUCACACCUUUGUUUUAAUUGUGUCAAUCACAGAUGCUCUGUCUCCUCCAGGUACUCAGUUCUGGCUAUAAAUACAUCUCAUAAUUUGUUCUAAACACCGCUGACUAUAAAUAAUACAAUUGAUAUAAAAAUGCUGCUGCAUUGACACGAAGAUAUAACAUUGUUUUUUUUGUUGUUUUUAUUAAAACAACCUUUUCAGGAUCUUAUGGAAUCUGCAGCUGUACUAUGAUCUCUGAAGGGGCACUUGCGUUGCAACUUCUUAUAGCCCACUUCUUGUGAGUAUGUGUAAUUACGUGUUUUUAUAACAUCGCACUUUGUUGAUGCUUCUUAGUUGCUGUAAUACAGAGACUUUGACGACUGUUUUUGGGUGUUGCUGUGGCACCAAAAUAAUUAAAAGUAAGAAUGUGUGCUUUCAAA